AUGGCAUCAAAGAACAUGCAACGGAUUUUACCAGGAUAUCUACUUUUGUUGCUGUUUCACAGCACGUUGGUCCUUGGACAACAUCCUCUUGAGAGGAGUCACUCCUUGUCACUGGUGACAAUGGUGCCACUUCUGGAGCUGGAAAGGAAACUGAUAGACAACCUCGAUAACUACACAAAUGCCCUGGAGCAGAAGCUGCAAAUAAUACGCAGUCAAAUCACAGUGAUGCGUGCGGAAAACGAGAAAGGGGGGCGGAAUGCUAUAUCCUAUCUGUCCAAUCCACUAAAUGCCUUUUCACUCAUUCGACGUUUGCAUCAGGAUUGGAUCAAGUGGGGCAAGUACAUGGAGCAGCCAGUGGGGAUCUCCCAAAUAAAAGCAUUUGACAGCUGGAAGAAUGAGCUUCCCACAGAACUCGACUUAUGGGAGGCAUGCGCCGGAAUAGAUCGCAUUCAGAGUCUCUAUGACCUAAAAUCUGGCGACUUUAUUAAUGGGAACAUUAAUGGCAAGCAGUACAAUGCCAGCAUGAGUUCUGCAGACAUUCUCUCACUAGCUGAUCACCUUGCCAUGAAAAAUAGACCAUCGGAAGCUGUUCAAUGGCUGCAGGAAGUGUCUCAGCGCCUCCAAGAGGAACGUCUAUUCAUCCCAAGGCACCUGCUAAUCGAUGAAGUGGAUUUUCUAUUAUUACUUGCCGAGUCCCACUUCAAAGAAAAACACUAUUCAAAGGCCUUGCCCCUGCUGCAAAAUUGCUUGAAACUUAAGCCCUACGAUGCGCGUCUUCUACGCCUGUGGAAAAGCACACAGGACCUUAUUGAGAGGCAACCAAACCCAUUCCCUAAGGAUAAUAAGGAGCAGAAUGUUCCAGUCGCAAAUGCGUUCAAAUUGAGCUGCAACGGACCCCAUGAGAGCUCCACUAGACUGCACUGUUUCUAUAACUUCACCACGACUCCAUUCCUUCGCUUGGCUCCACUCAAAACCGAGCAAAUCGGAUUGGAUCCAUAUGUGGUUCUAUACCACGAAGUGCUCUCUGCCCGAGAAAUAUCCAUGUUGAUAAGCAAGGCUGCUCAGAAUAUGAAAAACACCAGGGUUCAUAGGGAAACAAAACCCAAAACGAACAGGGGAAGAACUGCCAAGGGCCAUUGGCUUAAAAAGGAGAGUAACGAUCUGACCAGGAGAAUCACCAGGCGUGUUGUGGACAUGACUGGAUUUGACUUGGCUGAUUCUGAAGACUUUCAGGUGAUUAACUACGGCAUAGGUGGACACUAUUUUCUGCACAUGGAUUACUUUGAUUUUGCGUCUAGUAAUUACACUGGCACACGUAGUCGCCAAUCGAUAAUUUUGGGCGAUCGUAUUGCCACUGUGCUGUUUUAUUUGAGUGAUGUCGAACAAGGAGGAGCCACCGUCUUUGGAAACGUGGGAUAUUCUGUGUAUCCCCAGGCUGGAACCGCCAUCUUCUGGUACAAUUUGGAUACGGAUGGCAAUGGAGAUCCGCUCACAAGACACGCAUCCUGUCCAGUGAUUGUGGGCUCCAAAUGGGUGAUGACCGAGUGGAUACGCGAAAGCCGGCAGAUCUUCAUCAGACCCUGCCUGCCCCCGGCAAAGGGAACCUCUACGAAAUCAUAGACAAACAAAUUUCCGGCAUAAUCACUCUGCACACUUAACAAAAACCCACGGAGCUCAGCUUGAAUGCCUUUUUAAAAUGCCAACACGGAAAAAUAAAGUGCUGAGUGGUUGAUA